AUGGCAGCAACAACAAUUUCUACCGAUAGCAAACCAUAUGACCGUCUCAAAGAUAUCAAAGCAUUCGACGAAUCAAAGGCCGGAGUGAAGGGCCUUGUCGAUUCGGGCAUCACCUCCAUUCCUCCCUUCUUCAUCCACCCACCUGACAGUCUAUCAACCAGAAUCCCAACUUCCUCCAAUCCUAACAUCAUUCCCACCAUCGAUCUCUCCGGAGUUGACUCAGAUAAAAGGCUUGUGCUAGUCCAGCAAGUAGCACAUGCCUGUCGCGAGUUGGGUUUCUUUCAGAUUGUCAAUCAUGGGAUUCCAUUGAAGCCCAUGGAGAUCAAGUCCCGCAUAUAUGGACCAUUGCCAGAGCUAAUAUCACCAGAUAGCCAGGGCUUUACAGGCAGUUCAAGCACAUAG